UCAUAUAAGCAUCCUUGAGAACUCCAGUAACUUCCUCUUUUUCCACCACAGAUGGUACGGAAUCUUCGCUAAACUAUCAGCAUAAUCAUAGGAACACCCUUGAGAACUCCAGUAACUUCCACUAAAGCCUAUUGAAAGUUGACGAGAUGCGGCUCUGAAACGUGUGUGAGUACGGUGACGGUCCCAGGAGACGCAGACGCUAGCGGGAAACAGUUGUGGGUGUCGGAGGCUUAACCAAACUUCUGCUGGGCACUGAAUACUUGUUGACGGUCGAUAUUGGAGGCGUGAAAGUAAUUCACACUAACAGCCAUGGGUGCGUGUGAUAUGGAUGGUGGUCAGCGCACCUCGCCAGCCUGAGACCGUGGCGAGGACCCAGGCUGCUCCGAGGACAGGCAGAUGACAGCUUGCCGGGCGGACCCACCACGCUGGCAAGGAGUCUGGGAACCUACGCGGAUCGAGACGAGACUCAAGGUGUCAAGAUAUGAGAGAGCAGCACGGCUAAUUGACAGUACCUGGAACAAAGGUGUUUAACAAUCUCUCGGACUCCCCAACAACCCUGACAACCCCUGUAACAAGUGCUCAUCCUUCCCACUCUCUCAGGCAACAACAUAUCACCCUUAAUAUCUCAGUACAUAGAGUUUAUUAUCCAAGUUUGCUAUUCAGUUCGCUAGUAUCGUUCCUUUGAUCCCUAAAUGUGAUACUCUCCUCUGGUUUCUGAAUUGUGGCUUUCACUUUCACGUUUUCCUUGCUUUCCAACUUUUCAUUGUUCAUGUUCCUGUUUCUCAAAGUCCUCUUUUAGCUCAGAUACCUGGAAGCUUUGUAUCGUGUAUUUUCAACCUUCCCGGCACCUUGCUAUAUCUUGUGCCUUUCUGUCUUAAGCAACUCAAACUGUUUUGCAAUCUUAGUGUCUAUUUUCAUCACUUUAUAUUCUUAUACUUGUUCCAUUACCUUGCCUUAUACCUUACCUCUCUUUUCCGUAAAUUAUUCUUGUCCCUUACACUUUAUCGCCAUUCCAAGUAUUCUAGUAAGCACUCAGAUCGCCAUCCUAGUACCCAACACUUCACCACUCGACUAGUCAACUUCUAUUUCCUCCUACUUCAACACACCCCCAAACACCCUAGUGAGGCCCCGCAAAAAGAAGCAGUCUACACCCCCAACACCACAGUACGUCAGUGACAUCUCUUAGUACCGUCCCAGAACUAGUACGACCUGUCCCACUCACUCAACGUCCCGUGCACCUCCUCUGCCUCCUCCGGCAUGACUGACCACGAACACAGAAUCCGCCUGGUGCUCUUAGGGGGCGCUGGUGUGGGCAAGAGCUCCAUCAUCAGUCGCUUCCUUUACAACAAGUACACGGAUAAGUACAAGAGCACGGUGGAGGACUUGUACAACCGGGACUACGAGAUCGGACGCAUUACUCUCAAGGUGGACAUUCUAGACACCGCUGGCGAUUUUCAGUUCCCGGCAAUGAGGCGUCUGUCUAUCGCCAACGCUCACGCCUUCCUCAUAGUCUACUCCAUCGACCAGGCGCACUCCUUCGAUACUGUGCGGCAAGUUAUCGGGGAGAUUAAAGAGCAGAGGACGGACUUCGAGGAAAUUCCCAUCGUGAUCGCCGGGAACAAGAUGGACCUGGAGAUCGAGCGGCAGGUGUUCAAGGAGGAUGUCACUGAUUGGAUCUACCGUGAGCUCCAAAGGUUCAGGUGCCGCGUCAUCGAGUGUUCAGCGAAGGAGAAUCUGCACAUCAAGGAGAUCUUUAGGACCUUCCUUCAGAUCGGCAAGGUUCCGCAAGGCGAGGACUCGAGUCUCAAGCGACAGUCCUCAGCGUACAGCAAAACACGAUCCACUUACCGAUCACAGACGCCACCGAGUGACCGCGAGCCAAUCCCUGAGAACGGAGGCGCCACGGGAUCCACGCCGCCCUCCGCCUUCUCCAGGAACAAGCCUCGAAGUCGCUCCCUCAUUCGCCGGUCGUCGAAGAAAGCCAAACAACAAGUGAGGGACGCGCAGCCAGAUGAGUGCAGCCUCUCUUAACCCUCUCAGGCGGACCAUGGAGAGCUCUAGCAGCGAAGAGUGCCGCUGUGGAGGCCUUCCCUUGGGACGUGGCUUCAUUAGGGCCAGCAUGCACCGAGGGAGAGGCCACGCCAGACAGAUGUUAACGGUUUGGUUUGGCAAGAGAACGAAUUAAAGUUUUUUGGGCAGGAUGCAGGGAGGUUUUGGGUGAAAGAUUGAACGGAAAUGAACGGAGGUUUUGGAUAAGAGAUAUAAAGGAGGUUUUUAGGCAAGAGAAAGGACUGAGGGAGAUUUUUGACAAGAGAAAACACAGAGGAAAAGGUUUUCGGAAAGAGAAAUUACCGGAUCUUGGCAAGAGAAAGAACGAAGGUUAUGAUGAAGAGGAAGAAAUGAGGUUUGUGGACAAGAGAAAGAAAGGAGAUUUCACAGAAGACAAAAAAGGAAGGUUUCGAACGAAGAAACGAACGGAAAUAUUGGACGAAGGAAAGGAAAGCCAGAUAAAAGAAACGGAGAUGAAAGAUGCGCUCGCGGAAAAUAGGAGUGACUGGUGUUCGUUAAGUUGUUGUUGUUGUUGUUGAUCAGUGGCUGUGGCUCUUGUCUCUUGUGAGAAGGUUGCUUUCAUUUUGUGUUGCUUUAAUAAGAAGAAUAUUUGGGCUUUCACGGGCCAAGAGAGACUGAAAGAAAGAGGGAGGGAAGUGGGGUAAUGUAACUCUCUCUCUCUCUCUCUCUCUCUCUCUCUCUCUCUCUCUCUCUCUCUCUCUCUCUCUCUCUCUCUC